CAGUAGCUGCUUCUCCAACCGCCAGAAAACACUGGAGAAGAAAAAGCCGCUGCUCGUCUGAGCCGUUUUAGCCCCUCGAGUUAUAAAAAUAAAAACACGUUAUUGUGUCUGGCUCUGAGGAUUUAAAACCCUGAGCUGUGUGAGGACAUGAAAACGGAGACAUCCAUGGAUGGAGAGACCUCAGAAGCCUGUGUGAAGAAAGAGGAGACGCUGGAGCUGAGCAUCUACAACUAUGGAGACGAUCUCGACAACCCACCUGAAGGCCUUUCUGUUAAAGUGGAAGAUCCUGAUGAUAAAGACUAUCUCUACUGUGAAGUUUGCAAAUCCUUCUUCCUCAACAAAUGCGAGGUUCAUGGGCCACCCCUCUUCAUCCCCGAUACUCCUGUUCCCAUGGGAGUCCCUGACCGAGCCAGACAAACACUUCCUCCUGGGCUAGAAAUCCAGAAGUCCAGUAUUCCUGAUGCAGGCCUGGGAGUGUUUAAUAAGGGGGAGACUGUUCCAGUAGGUGCACACUUCGGCCCCUGCCAGGGAGAGCUGGUGAACCGAGAGGAAGCCAAGAACAGUGGAGACUCCUCGGUUGUAUACAGAAGCAUGCAGUGUGAAGAAUACAUCGAUGCCAAAAGAGAGACACAUGUGAAUUGGAUGAGGUAUGUGAAUUGUGCCCGUAAUGAAGAAGAACAGAAUCUUGUGGCAUUUGAGUAUCAAGGGGGAAUUCUGUAUCGUUGCUGUCGAUCCAUUAGCCCAGGACAGGAGCUCUUGGUGUGGCAUGAAGAGGAGUACACCAAAGAACUCAGUCCUGCACCUACAGGAACAACCAGACAGCAAGAAGUAAAGAACGCUCUGCUGCAAAUCUUUUCAUGCUCCACAUGCCCUCGUUCUGAUGCCUCUCCAAUUUACCUCGACAAGCAUAUCCAGAGAUGCCACUAUGAAGGGUGCGUGAGACUGCAAGAAUCAGGAGGGAUUAAAUAUAAGCUUCAGAUCCCCUCCAAAUGCUGCAGUCGUCAACCAACAUCAACUGAUAUUAUCCAUUCUGAUACUUCCCAUAAUGAUAUACAGAAGGAAAUUCACCACUGCUCAGAUUGUGGAAAGAGUUUGAGUUAUCAGAAUGCACUCAAGACAUACCAGCGCAUUCACACAGGAGGAGAUCCACAUCACUGCUCACAGUGUGGUAGGAAUUUUACUUACCAGAGUGCUCUCAAAACACAACAGUGCGUUCACACAGGAGAGAAGCCAUUUCACUGCUCACAGUGUGGGAAGAGUUUUACUCAGCAGAGUGCUGUCCGACGACACCAGCGCAUUCACACAGGAGAGAAGCCGUAUCACUGCUCACAGUGUGGGAAGAGUUUUACUCAGCAGAGUACUCUCCGAACACACCAGCGCAUUCACACAGGAGAGAAGCCGUAUCACUGCUCACAGUGUGGGAAGAGUUUUAAUCAGCAGAGUGCUCUCCAACAACACCAGCGCAUUCACACAGGAGAGAAGCCGUUUCACUGCUCACAAUGUGGAAGGAGUUUUACUUGUCAGAUUGAUCUCCAACGACACCAGCGCAUUCACACAGGAGAGAAGCCAUAUCACUGCUCACAGUGUGGGAAGAGUUUUACUGAACGGAGUGCUGUCCGACGACACCAGCGCAUUCACACAGGAGAGAAGCCGUAUCACUGCUCACAGUGUGGGAAGAGUUUUACUCAGCAGAGUAAUCUCCAAAAACACCAGCGCAUUCACACAGGAGAGAAGCCGUAUCACUGCUCGCAGUGUGGGAAGAGUUUUACUUCUCAGAGUUAUCUCCAGCAACACCAGCGCAUUCACACAGGAGAGAAGCCGUAUCACUGCUCGCAGUGUGGGAAGAGUUUUACUCAUCAGAGUAAUCUCCAACAACACCAGUGCAUUCACACAGGAGAGAAGCCGUAUCACUGCUCACAGUGUGGGAAGAGUUUUACUCAUCAGAGUAAUCUCCAACAACACCAGUGCAUUCACACAGGAGAGAAGCCGUAUCACUGCUCACAGUGUGGGAAGAGUUUUACUCAUCAGAGUAAUCUCCAACAACACCAGCGCAUUCACACAGGAGAAAAGCCAUAUCACUGCUCACAGUGUGGGAAGAGUUUUACUGAACGGAGUGCUGUCCGACGACACCAGCGCAUUCACACAGGAGAGAAGCCGUAUCACUGCUCACAGUGUGGGAAGAGUUUUACUCAUCAGAGUCAUCUCCAACAACACCAGCGCAUUCACACAGGAGAAAAGCCGUAUCACUGCUCACAGUGUGGGAAGAGUUUUACUCAGCAGAGUGCUCUCCAACGACACCAGCGCAUUCACACAGGAUAGAAGCCGCAUCACUGCUCACAGUGUGGAAAGAUGUUUGCUUAUUUAGUUACAUUUAAGACCUUCAAGUGCACUAAGUUGGAGACAUUGCAUGAUUUAAAGUUGUCAAAUUAAAUAUGGUUGUUACAGUUUUGGCUGAAAAUGACCUGUACUUUGAACUUUAUUGUUCAUGUUACACUGGUCACCAAUUUUUCAGAAUUUGUCUGCUUCAGAGAUGAAAUUGGCUAUUAUGAAAUUUGGUGUGUCGAAUUAGAAGUGACAGUUAAUCAGCUGAUUAGCUAUGGCUUCCAAGAUAGAUAUUUAAGAUUUUAAAUUUUAUACUUAUGUACAUUGUGUAGAUCGUAAUGUUUUAAGUAUAAAUUGUAAAACUAGGUCUCUUCAUGUGUUUAUGAUCGGUUUACAUGAUAUUUCAUCUGUUCUCUUUAUGUAACACUAGUGUAGGUACAGUCCCUUCAAGAAACUACAUUUCCCAUCAGCCCACUUCCACGUUGACCUGCGUUAUGCCGGGGCGGGAUCCUCUACGUCAUCCUACAGGAAGGCAUAAGCAACGGAACAAACUUCCGCUCUUUCUCUCUCGUGUCCGGAUUCCAAGCGGUCUGGACACAAAAAGAGAGACCCUCCACCAGAAAACCAGAUAAAGACAUCUUUUCUUUUUUGCAAGAUCCACGAAUAGCGCGAUUUCUUGUUUACCACUGGCCACGGUAAAAAUCCAGAAUAGCUAGUUACAACCGGUUUCAUUAAGUACGUACGACUGCAGUCCAAAGCAGUUAAUUUAUAAUUGGGAGCGACCAGAAUUCCUCCUGAUUAAAGCGCUGUGCACAGUAUUAAUCAGAGACUUCCUUUUCAUCACGAGCCACGACGCGUCGGAUCAAGAGAAGUUCUCUGUCCACGGAAUCGACUCACGUGCUCCACAACGGCGAGACUCAGAAGUUUUAGAAUAUCUCCAUAAUCUCGCAUAUAAGCAAGAUACUGGAAGUAAGACUGAAACAUUUUGGGCAUAAUAAAGAUCAGUCUUAGGAAUUUAGCUUUUAUUGAAACAGUGUGAAUUUAAACUCAGGAAAGUUUUGUUUACACUAUUAGACACGCAGCGUGUCGAAUUGAAUUGUUCUGUUUUGUUAAUCUCUCAAUUGUUUUAAUAGAUAGGCUGUGCAUGCUUUUCUUUAUUCCUACUAACAUAAUUCUCUUAUUAUACAUCUUGACCGCAUCAAGAUUUCAGGGGAUUUGAUAAUGUUAUAAGUAGGUGGAAUUCCUUUGUCUCAAGGCAAACCACGAGGGGAUUCACCUUCCCCCAACACCUCAGAUAAGAUUCCAAACUUUACAUCCCCCUCACACACACACCCUUGCUCUCCCUCUCUCACACACACACGCUCUUACACACACAUACACCAUAUCAUAUUUGUAUAUAAUGAUUCCAACUGAUUAUCCAUUUUUAUCCUUGUUAUAAUCAAUUCAUUUAUUAAACAAACUGUUUUAUUUGUGUGAACAAUAUCUUGAAGUCACCCAAUCUCCCAAAGAAUUC